AUGGGACUCGCGGUUUUCUGUUUGCUGCUGCUGCUCAGGCUGGGCCACAGCCAAGACGAUCUCCCAUCGAGAUACGAAGUCGAGAGUUCGAUCAACCGAACGAUCGAAGAGGUCGAACGACAGAUCCGCGAGAAUCCGAGCUUGCCUCGGUUAUCCAGAGCGGACAUAGUCAAAACCCUGCAAAAUAUCACCUCGCAGGAUUUGAGACAAUUGAAGGACAAAGAGAAGCUGGAGAAAGCGAGAAAUUUGUACCAACGAGCAUUGAUGGUCGUUCUGCCGUACAAUGGAGAAUCCUCCGGCGAUCUGAAGGACCUGUACACGAAACCUCCGAUGACGCAGAUGAUUCCCGACGACCAGGGAUCGGAGAACCGAGGAGACGAAGAGGACAACGAAGUGCAAAAUUCCGAAAUUACAACCGAGAAUUUUUACAAUCGCGAUUCGUACAAAACGACUUUGAAAGAUUUAACAACGACGAAUAAGAACAAAUACAAAAAUCACAAAGACACGUAUUCCGAAGUGCAAACGAAAAUACCAUUAAAGGAGACGUUGAAACUGGACUCGACUCCUGUUAAAUUCACGUUUAAUUUAGAUAAUUUACAGAAGAACAGUUAUACCAAUGAAAGAGCUGCAACGACGACGACGACGACGACUAGGUAUCCGAUUUACAGGAGUAACGGGAGCACGUCAGAACUGGAAAUCGUUUACAGCACCAGCGUUACAGAAGCUACGACGAAACCUGCUCCCAAGGAGAUCGCGAUCGACUUAGGGAGGUUCAAAGAGAAGCAGAAUAUAUUGACAUCCAGUCAGUGGCGUUACAACGCGCCGCCGACUACCUUCGAACCGACGUUGCCUUCUAAGGUAGACAGGAUACCGUUUCUUCCAACGAUUACCGUAGAACCUGAGGAACGUAUCGCGUCGACAGAAAAAUCUCAGAUGAUCAAAGAAGCUUUGAUGAUGAGCACUGAGAAGCCUACUGCUCUUUACGUGACUCCCAUGUCUCCACAGACGACCACGAAGACGAAAUACAGUUCCACGUAUUCCCUGAAUUCUGCAGGAUUUCGCCAAGCUACAAGCACCAGCACCACUUCAAUGCCGAUGAGACCAGAAGUGAUGGACUUGUUAGCUUCCAUCGGAUUACGACCAGACAACAACAGCAACGUGGAAGACGUUUAUAAGAAGAAUAAAGAUAUUUUAGAAUUAAACAAUAUUCGUAGUACAAGUUUGACACCUGUCACGACUGAUUCCAUGUCCAUCGUCGAUCAGAACGUUGGACCUCCUGGAUCUGAGAUAAAAAAAGGGGUGGAUAAUCUAAGUCGGGAUGUCCAAUUGCUGUUUAAGAAGUUCGGUCUGCAGACUUCGGAUUUGGAUAAAUCUACGAGUACCACUCAGAGAACGACAAUUAAUUUGAAUUCUUAUACGAAUUUCAAACCCCUACCGACUUCUAAUGUGAAGGACGAAGGAUUGAAAGAGUUCCUGGCGAGUUUCGGACUGAUCGGUGAUAACAGGAAACAGAAGUCUAUGAGACCGACGACUGAAAUGCCGUCUCUGAUCGAAGUAGUGCCAGAUAACAUGCGAGGAAUUCUAGAGAACAUCGGAUUAAUUUCUAGGAAGAGGAAGACUGUGGAAGAUGUGAAAUCCACGGAUUCGUCCAAGUUCCAUGUGUUCAAACCUCACGAAGCCAAAGUGCAAGACGAAGAACAGAAAAAUAAAAUCAAUGAACUAUUGGAUACUGUGAAAUUAAUGCAAGAAGGCAAGGCUGGUAUUCAGAACGUUAAACAAGCAGCCAGUGAUUUAUUACAGUCGACAAAAGUUUUGAAAGAAGGACCAGAUCCCGUGAAACUUGAAGAGAUUUUCAAGACGUACGAAGAGGAUACUCGAAACGAAGUUAAACGACAGGAGGAUGAAGAGAAGAGUGAAACGACUACUACAGGAGACGAGGGACAGACCACGACUACUGAACCGGCCGGCGAAACGACGUUAAGCCCGACAACGACAGAUUCCGCGAGAGCCGCGUCGGAUCAAUUAAAUUCUGGCGUCGACUCCUCCACGACUUCCUCCAAGAGCUCCUCCAAUCUGAUGGCUUUGGAAGAGUCCUUCGGUGGAACGACCAAGGCACCGGACACGUCGCUACCACCACGGAGGAAGAGCGGAUUGUACUUCCUGGUGGACUGGAACACGUUCCUCGAGGUCGGCGAGGAUGAAAAGGAGAAGAUAAAUCUGAGGUUCCAGCCGAAAGUCGGCGACCGAUCGAGAUUCCUACCGGUGACUGUCCCGUAGGAAUCGAACUUCCCGUCGCGAUAUUCAGAAUCAAAAGGAUUAUCAAUUCGAAUAAAAUAUGUACAUAGACGUAGAUUUAUUAUAUUGUUAAGGAUAAGUGAUGGGUUUACGAAAAUAGAUGCUUCGAUCGUUCCGAGGCGAGAUAAGACACCGGGGUAAUCGUUACGUCACUGGUUUGGUAACACGUUAUUUCUGCACGUUGUUUUUGUUUUUUUAUUAUAACGUUGACUUAAUAAAGCGUUUCCUGCGUGGAAAA